AUGAUCCCAAAUGAACAGGUUUCAAAUCUUUCUUUCUAUUGCACGUUGCAACCAGAACCAGUAUUGGGGUGUUUUCGCUUGAGCCGUACGAGACGAAAUUCUCAUAUACGGUUCUUAGAGGGGGAGUCCCUUCGCCUUCGGUUCACCUAUCUCAAUAAAGUAUAUGAUUGGUUCGAGGAGCGUCUCGAGAUUCAAGCGAUUGCAGAUGAUAUAACUAGUAAAUAUGUUCCUCCUCAUGUCAAUAUAUUUCAUUGUCUAGGAGGGAUCACACUUACUUGCUUUUUAGUACAAGUAGCUACGGGUUUUGCUAUGACUUUUUACUAUCGCCCGACCGUCACAGAAGCUUUUGCCUCUGUUCAAUACAUAAUGACUGAAGCCAACUUCGGUUGGUUAAUCCGAUCAGUUCAUCGAUGGUCAGCAAGUAUGAUGGUUCUAAUGAUGAUCCUGCACGUAUUUCGUGUUUAUCUCACAGGUGGUUUUAAGAAACCACGUGAAUUGACUUGGGUUACGGGUGUAGUUCUGGCUGUGUUGACUGCAUCCUUUGGGGUAACUGGUUAUUCUUUACCUUGGGACCAAAUUGGGUAUUGGGCAGUCAAAAUUGUAACUGGUGUACCUGAGGCUAUCCCUAUAGUGGGAUCGCCCUUGGUAGAGUUAUUACGCGGAAGUGCUAGCGUGGGUCAAUCCACUUUGACCCGCUUUUAUAGUUUACACACUUUUGUAUUACCUCUUCUUACCGCCGUAUUUAUGUUAAUGCACUUUUCAAUGAUACGUAAGCAAGGUAUUUCAGGUCCUUUAUAGAGAAGACAGAGCAUAGGUAUUUGUAAUAGAUCAUAUAAUAUAUUGUUUGGGUAGGAACAAAAAAAAUAGUAUUUGUAUUUCAUUGCUAUAAAUAUGGAUUAUUGAAAAGAAUAAGACAUGUUAUUUGGAUAUUUCCCUUCAACCACGAAGU